UAGUUCUAACCUUAAAAUGUAUGGCGACAGAAUAAUAACUGAAACAUUUCUUCUUUAAAUUAAGUGAAUAUUUUUAAGCAACACUACCACUCAGUAUUGGUACAACUAUGUUUACCAGACACAUCCCAAGGUUAUGUAGCAAUUUUCUUUCAAAUCGUUCGGUGCAUACAACACCCACGAAAUGCGAAAAGUUCGAAAACCCAAUUCUCAGGACACUUAGAAUUUUAAAAGAGGAUUUCACACGCUUGAAAGGACCCAGUGAACACGAAAAGGAAAAAGAACGUGCCUUAAUGGGUCUAUUUCCGCGGCAUGCUGAUGUCCUAAUUGUCGGUGGAGGUGCCAUAGGUUCCUCUAUCGCUUAUUGGUUAAAAGAAAAAACCAGUAGAGAAGGCAUAAGGGUCAUAGUUGUAGAAAAAGACAUGACGUUUGCUAAAUGCUCAACUGUGUUAUCACCAGGUGGUUUACACCAACAAUAUUCACUGCCCGAAAAUAUCCAAAUGUCUCUAUAUGGUGCUGAGUUUCUCAGAACUAUCAAACAAAGAUUUGGCCCUGCAGCUGAUGUGCGGUACACCCCACAAGGUUACUUAGUUCUGGCCAAUGAAGAAGGAGCACAAAAAUUAAUAGAUAAUUCAGUUAUUGAAAAAGAAUUAGGAGCUUUAAAUCAGUUAUUAACGAAGGAUCAACUCAAACAAAAAUUUCCAUGGAUGAAUGUAUCAGAUGUAGAAUUAGGGCGAUUAGGGCUGGAACGUCAAGGUUGGUUUGACCCUUGGGCUGUCUUAAGCGUUCUGAGAUAUGGUGCUUCUAAUUUGGGAGCUCAGUACAUACAAGCUGAAGUUGUUGAUUUUAUGUUCACUGAAAGACACGAUUAUAUUGGGGAGGGUAUGGAAGACAAUUCUUAUGAAGCACUCCAUGAAGCAGUUAUUAAAAUGCCUGAUGGAGAACACAGAUCAAUCGAAUUUGCCUAUUGUAUUAUAGCUGCAGGUGUGGAGACUGUGGAAUUAGCACAACUGGCAAAAAUUGGGGUUGGUUCAGGGAUGCUAUCAGUACCGCUACCAAUUAAAACUAGGAAUCGAUAUGUGUAUAAAUUUGACUGCCUUGAGACGCCUCCUGGUAUAAAUACACCAAUGACAGUUGAUUAUUCAGGCAUUUACUUUAGGAGGAAUGGUUUAGGGGGUUCAUUUAUUGGUGGUGUUGCGCCCUCAGAGAAGCCAGAAAUUUCAAACGACGAAUUUUUCCACCAACAAAUCUACCCUAUUUUAGAAAACAGAGUGCCUGCAUUUAAAUCAAUUAAGAUGACUAAUUCUUGGUCUGGCUUUUAUGAAAACAAUUACUUUGAUGACAGUGGGAUUGUAGGACCUCAUCCAUACUAUCACAAUUUGUAUUUAGCAACUGGAUUUAGUUCAUAUGGUAUUCAACAAGCACCUGCGAUUGGCAGAGCCGUUGCAGAACUUAUUUUAGAUGGCGAUUUUAAAACAAUUGAUCUUACCAGAUUUGGUUUUGAUAGAUUUAUUGUGGAUAAACCCAUGUAUGAGACUGGAGUAUUGUAAUUAAAAGUUAAUUGUUCAGAGUAACUAUGACUUGAAAACGUCCAAAACAGAAAUCUUGAAUAAACAAAACAGCGAAGUUGUAGCCGUAGAUAAGUUUUGUGAAAAGAAUUUUUUUUUUUUCAAUGAUUUACGGAAAUUUUUAUAAAAGAAAUUCAAAAUUUCCAUCUUGUUCUCAAACGAAUGCGGCCAUAUCGAUUUGGAAUGGAGUGUGCCGCUAUUCUGAGAGUCACAGUAUAGAGAUCUUUCAGUAGGGACAACUCGGUAUUUUUAGUCACCCGUUUUCAUGGGUAGUCGUUUGUCUCGUGACCACAUUAGGGUGCGCAACGCAAGGUGCUUCUCUUUCUUACACAUUAGAACAUUGAAGUGCGGUACUUUGGUUAAUCUGAAACACAUCUAGAAACAGUUUAAGCAACGACCACCGAUCACAACCAUCAAAGGCGCCGAUACGAGUUGUCCCUACUGAAUGAUGAAUAUUGUGGCUCUGUAAAAAUAAAACUCAUUUUUCUUCUACGAAGUCUAUAUCUUACAUAACAAAAAACAAAAUUAAAUAUUACAAAAUAUACAGACAACAUUCACGUACAUAAUUCGUCUAAGAUUACUUCCUAAAAUCUUAUUUAUAAAAGUACAAAAAAUCCCAAAAAUAUCUGCAAAAAAUAGGGAUAUUCACAUUUUCGUUUUGUUUUAUGUUGUUACAAAACUAUUACUAUUUAGACGAGUGUUUUUACAAAAUAAAAAGAAUUAACCUGUACUAAACUAACAAAUAUACAGAAUAAAAUCCUAAAUUAACCUAUGAUUAUUAUUUACAAUCAACUAAUAUGGCAUUAUUACUGGCAUAAAAAUGCGUAUUUUGAAACUAAUUGUAUAAGACUUUCAAAUGAAUUAACUGAAAGGCGUUGCAAUAAAACCAAAAGUUAAGUUUAUAGUAAUAUCCCUGAGUAUGAACUAAAACUAUACAAUUUCACUCUAGCAUUGUACAUUUCGUAGCUUUCUGUAUUGUAACCGGUUCCGCGCAUUUUUACUUCUGAAAAUUGUGCAUGCAUCUCAAUAACUUAAUCGUCUUUAUGUCAACAACUUUAUUCUCAAUCCAUAUCGAGUUCUCACUGUUGGAAAAUGUGACUAGACUUAAUAGAAACGUAAUUGAGCAUAUUGCAGUGGCAGUGAUAUUAAUUAAGUCUACAAUUAUCAAUAAAAAUUGUAAAUAUAAAAUAGCCUACUUAAAAACUACGGAAAUACGUUCCAUACUCACUCAAACAGAACACAAUGUUAAUAUGAUCAAUUUUAAAGCUUUUUAUCUGACAUUUAUAACAGAAUAAUUAACACUUAAAACUUAAUAGUACUUCAACGAGGAAAAUAAAAUUUUACACGAUUUUUUUCCAAAUAUGGAGACAGUUAACAAGUCGUUGACAAAUUUUAAUAUCUUUUUUGUAAAAAGAGAAUAAAAUAAGUGUUAGAAGAUCACAAAUGUAUCUUAAUUACGGCAUCUUUGAUUGAAUAAUCUAUACUGUACUGUAUCAGUUUUCAGACAAGUUCGAUCUUGGGUUCUCCUGACAUGUGUUAAUGGCCACUCUAAUACAACUACCUUUUCUUACAAAAAAAAUGUAAGUCUAUAACGUAUUUGCAUCUCAUGCAUCAGCGUCUUUUCUUCUCUAACACACAUACAGAAUUUUUUUCCACAAUUACACACAACAUUAAUUAACAUCUUAUUAAGAAUAUGUUGACAAAUUAAAACAAACGUAGUACCUUACUAAGUUUGGAUGAUAAAAUAAAUAGGUGAAAAUAUCGCUACCAGAACUACUUUUUUUCUAAAUGAAUCUAAGUAAGCAAAUACUAAUACUCACCAAAUUGUUUUAUGUUGACAAAUUAAAAUAAACGUAGUAAUAAAAUUAUUAUUUAUUUUGGUUUUAAACACUUGAUAAUAGCACUGUCAAUUAUUUAUCUGUUGGUGACACUGAGAAAAAAACUACUUGUAUUAAUCCAAGUAUACCAAGAACACAUGUCAGUGGUCACCUUAAGUACAAAUAAAAAUUCACGAUCUCGUGAUAAAUUAUAUAAUUCAAUGAUAUUCUGCAAAACCUACUAUUCGUUAGAUUUCUUUCCUUUUUCAUAAAAAUCUAUCAAGAAAAACAUUUCUUCAUAAAGUACAAUGAUUCGAGGGCAACCAACAAUCAAUGAUUUGUCAAUGCAAGUCUAGAAGCCUUGUUAUGCUGAAAGAUGGAUCCACAUACUCUCAGCUAGGUUUCGAUGACGACUGAUGAUAUACAUCCGAAUCUCUUCGUAUUACCAUCUGCGAAAUAAAACGUUAAAAAUCAGCAAACGCAAAUCACAAAUCAACAACCGACAUGCAACAACCAACUGAAACCGUUACACAUUCACAGUACUUCGGUAUUAGUAGCUUUUAUUCAUGAGUUAAUGAAGCGUUUACUAUCGCACACUGUUCAACAAGAUGUAGGAACACUUUACAACGUGAAAAAUUAGACAAAAUGUUCCAUACAUUUCGCAAACGAAAAGAGUCCACCAACAUGUACCGAAUUUGCUAAAACAAUGAGGCAAACAACAAGGGUGCUCAACCUAAUUGUCAAAAAAUGCAAUGCUUUGUUUGUGCGGUCCCAAAACUUCUCCUAGUGCUACAAAUGUACUCCAGUCUGUCAGUUUUGAUAGUUAAGAAAAUCUGGCACAAAACUAAAUCUGGUAUAUCAAGAGAUCAAUAAAUAUGUGGAGCUAAAUAUUUUGUACGAAUUUGUUUUCGAAUUACAUACAAAUGGAUAAAGUUUAA